AUGCAGCGGGCGCUGGAUACAAUCGACGUAGGCAACCUGCGGUGGGAUCCACCCGAGGCGCGAGAGGAUCCGGGGCCGGUCGAUCUAGCCGCCAGGAGAUCUGCCAGCAAGCUUCUAAUCACGCAUAGACAGAGAUUGAUGAGGAUGCAGUGCGCGGAGCAGCCGUUUCUACAGAACAUUAAUGCAUUAAUGGAGUGGGGUUGCGCCUCAAAACGGAUGGUGGAGGUCAGGGUGUUUCUGGUGUUAUUUUUGUUCCUGAAUUCUAAAAGUGAGGAUCCCAAUGGCUGCUCAAAGAAAAACAAUACGUAUAGGACACAGGAGCACGGGCUCCUCAAUGCGUACGGUAGCGCCGCCGCGCGCCCGUUCCUCUCUGGCGCCGCCGCCGCCGCUGCCACCGCCCUGCUCUCGUUCCCCUCCCUAUCCAUCUCAAUCUUCUCCGGUGCCACCACGAUCUUCAACCUCCUGCCGCCAUUUGAGAGUGACUUGGCUGCCAUUAGAAGGAGCCCUCUACCGGAAUCUCCAUUAAAUCGCAUCAUAUCGCAACUUUUGAAGAGUCGUCCAGGAUCGUCUCAGCCGAGUUCGCCGGAAGAAAAUCCGCCGCCCAAGCGUACUACACCUGAGCCUGAAGAACAUCCCCUGCCGAACAUGCUACCCCAGAGGGAGGAGUGGGAAUGCGGUGUUCAUGAAAUUGAGUAUCUCAGAAGAGGUUUGGCACUUAUUUUCCUCAACCUGUUAUUCUUCAAAUGUGCUUCCCAUGGAUUUGAUCAACUUGGUGAGAUAAUGUUAUGUGUCAGUAUCAACCCAACAACCUUCGUGUACGGGUCCAUUGGCCUGCGUACCACACAUCCCUUCAUUAAUUCCAUCAGUAUCAUUCUUAACAAGAUGAUAUAUAAGAGGAAGCUAUUCGACAAUCCUGCUCAAGUUGGAAAGGCGGCCAAGCAGCUCGUGGCAUCUAUGUCACGCCUGCUCUGCCACUGCCUUGACCCGCCGCCGACGUCGCCGGUUGAGCCGCAAGGUUGCAAGAUCAUCGUGGGGCCCAUUGCAUGGGCUCCGAGUAUGCUUGAUUGCCAUGUCGGAGGCGAAGGCAUUAUCACAUCAGAACUGUCAAGAGGGACAAACAAGGGACUGGCUCAUGAACUAGCCAAUGACGCUAAAGCUCAUGGAGACCUUGUGGUUGCGUAUGGUGUCCCAGACCAACUCCAUGAUCAGCUCUGGAAGGAAAACAAUGCAGCCUUGACGUCGGCCUAA